AUGUCACGCGUCUCUCUUCCCGAGACAAUGGCCAUUGAGGCCUGCACAUGGUUGCAGGAGUUCGUUAAGAAAAUAAAGAUGAAGGUGGAAGAUGGCAAGUUGACAGCUGGCAGACAGGGGAACCCGAAAGUCAAUAGACCAUCGCCUCCUGCAGACGAAGUGUCUUCCAAGCCACAUCCUCGUUUUGACGACCUUUACGAGUAUUACGAUCCCGACGACGAGCCAUUACCACAACGCCAACAACAGACCCUCACUCCCACCUCACAGACACGGCCACAAUCCUCCCUUUCCAGUGGUGUUCGAUCCCUACGACGAACCCCCCGGUUACAAGAGAGAGACACUAGGCCCGUGGUCACUGUAAGAAGUCGGACUUCCACGCCUGCGCUCAGGGCUUCCUUUCGCCGAAAGAGCCCUCGUGCCCAGUCUGACACUCCUCCCCUUCGCUUUGAUGAGUCGGGCUCUACUACUCCACAAGACUUCCAACGACUUGUCCGUUCCCAAACCUUCUGGCCAAAGAGAACUACUCGUAUUACCAGGAAUACCCACGACGCCAUCGUCUUUGCCUUGGAAGCUAUCCGUGCAGGUGGUGGUACCACCCCCAAGCCACUGACCGCCGAUCUGCUCGAAGAACAGGCUCGGAUGUCAGAUUUGCUGAGGGGCAAUCCGCCCGGCCCUGCUGCUAGAUCUGCUCGUCCACAGAAUGGAGGUGCUGUUCGAACUACAGCGGCGGGUGAAUCCGGUCCUAUCCCAACCGGACCACCUCGCUACCGGACCCCUACAGAUGUCAUGCGAGACCGGAGGGCGAGGGAAGCACGCCGCGCAGAAGAGGCUGCUAGACAACGACAAACACAAGAGGAGGACGAAAGAAGGAGACUGCAGGAAAGAGUUGUUGGCGUUGGGGAUGAUUCCACAAGAAGACCACCUCGAAACCCCCCAAAUCCUUCUACCCAAUCCUACAACAUAGCUGGGCCUUCAGUACCACCGGGAUCUUCAUCCAGGAGGCCAGAAAAUCAGCCUCCAGAUUCAACUAAUCCUCCUACCAGACCCAGAGAAUCAACCGGCCCUACUCGUGUCAUCUCUGCAAACACCCAGCGAAACCGCACCGAAGCCUAUGAGCAACUCAACGUACCUGCACCUACCACCGGGCAACCCUCCGUUGGAAGGCCAGACCAACCUAGCCAAACUCAAAAUCCACCCCAGAUGAGAGCCCCCCCAGCAGCAACAGCACUACCCACUCAGGCGACGAGUCAACCUGCGCCUUCGGCUCCACAAGCAUCAGCGGGGCAAAGUCGAAAUCGAUUUCCCAAUGCUUUUGACCGGUGGGAAGACCUUUCCUCGCACUGGGAAGGGAUUGUUUCUUCUUUCCUUCGUAAAUUGGAGAACAAUGAGGACGAACUGGCUUCGAAGCCCAUCGAUCGCCAGAUGGCCCGACAAAUUGACGAUCUAUCUGCCGCGGGCGCAAAUCUGUUCCAUGCCGUGGUUGAAUUGCAGCGUCUUCGAGCGUCGUCUGAGCGUAAGUUCCAACGGUGGUUCUUCGAGACGCGGCACGAGCAAGAACAAGCGCAACUCCGACAGGAGGAACUAGAACGUCAACUCACUGCCGAGCGCGAAGCACGGACUCACAGUUCCACAUCCAUCGAGGCGGCCCGUGCUGAUAGGACCCGUGCGGAAGAACUCGUCAAGGAGAUGCGCCGAGAGCUACAAAUUAGCAAAGAAGAGGCACGUCGAGCAUGGGAAGAACUGGGCCGACGAGAACAAGAAGAACGCGAACGAACCAUUGCUCUGCGAAGUGGUGAGCCCACCUUGAUUGGUGGAGUCCAAGUCGUCCCAAUGCAAGGUCUGCCCAGUCGACAGGUCAGCACCGCCAAACGACCGCAAACUCGAGAUGGCCCCACCGCUGGUGCUGGACCCGGAACGCUCUCUGGUUCCGGUGCAGGUUACCCGCAACAGCUGCCGCUGCCUCACCGACCUCCGUCUCGCAGCCAAACGACCACCACAUCCCUUGAUUCUCCGGGUGAAGAAAGCCGCCAAUUCACCUACCAGGGCGAGACCGGCACUUCUCCCACCGUGACAGAUCCCUACACCGAGGGUUCGCGGCGUCGAGAACCCCAGAACCCCCAACAACUCCGUCACGAACCAGACACCCAAUUCUACUCGAGCCCAUCGAGACACCAAGAAUCCCCCUUACAACCGCCCACCUCAGCAGCCGCCAUUGCCGCCGCCCGCGCCGUCGCAGCAACAUCUCACCCACCGCUUCCCGCCCCAAUCCGCUCAGGCACAGGAGGCACUGACCGCUCGUACAUCCCAUCAACGGCAUCUGCCUUUUCCGAGGAAGAAUACCACAUCAACCCAGAUGGAUCCUACACGCGAGACGACCAAGGCCGACGCAUCCCAUAUCACCAACCCAUCCGUGGCCCACCGGGAUCCUCAGCCCUCUCCGGCGAAGAAGGCGAAAUGACCGAAGAGGAAGAGGAAGAGGAUGACGACGACGACCACGCCGCCGACAUCGAGCGCGAAAGGAUGUACGCCGCCCAAUACCGACAACCCCAACAACCACCCAUCACUCUCCCCGCGACCUCAAUGUCGCAAACCCAAUCCUCCUCCCGCCUUCCCCCCGCCACAGGAAGCGGCGGCCUCCCCUCCAUCCCACAGGGCCGCCCGGUCAACACAUCGUCAGACGAGUACAGCUCGCCGUCGCAGCAAAGCGGGAGCGACGCAUACAACGCCCCGCCAGGCUGGGAGAACAUCCAGAUGCAGACGUCGCACCGGCACCCGACGCGCCUGAGCGAUAUCAUCGAGGAGCAGACGGCCCGCACCUCGCCCAGCCGCACCAGCUAUAUCAGUGGGGGCGGCCUACCCGGUGAUGGCAUGCCGCCGUCGACCGUUGCGGGCACUGGGACUGGUCGGCGGUAG